ACCGUCAUUGUAAUGCGUUGGUUCGGCGACGACGGUGCUCGACCGAGAUAAUAAUAUCACUGCUCUCUGCACGUGUGUGCACGGCGUUCGACGGUGCCCCAUCGCGGUCGUCCGUUUUUCCAAUACCGCCUCCACUCUCGAUUUACAAUCGUAUUAGGUAUAAUUUAUAUGUUAUAUAAUAUUAUAAAAUAAUUCCAUCCGAACGGUCGGGCGCAGAUAUCCGCCCGCGUCUUGAUAUCACAUGACGUAUUUUCGGCGACACUGAUAACAACGCAAUUCACUGGGACACUAUACCGCGGUCAUCGUCGUUAUACAUAAUAUUAUUAUACCACGACGGCGCUGUCGGUCGUCGCGCUACAGUCCGGUAAUAUCGUAACGGCCCCGGAAAAACCGGCGCUCGGGUAGGUACCUACUAUACGAUUACCCGUUGUCUAUAUUACAAUAAAAUAUAGGUAGUAUACUGCGAUAGCGUCUGUCGAUCGCGAAACGUCCAAUGCUCAUGAUGAACGACUUCGGGUCGAUGGGCCCGGGCAACAUGAUGCCGCCGUCGUUCAACCCCAUGUGCCAGGGGCUGUUCGAGCACCAAAUGCCCAAGCCCAGGCUGGCGUUCAAGAUGCCCCGCGUGGUGCCCGACCAGAAGAAUAAGUUUCAGACGGACGAUCUGUUCAAACGACUCAGUCGUGAGAGUGACGUGAGGUAUACGAGCUACAGAGAUAGACCACAUGAAGAACGACAAAACCGUUUUCAAAUGGGUUGUCGCGAAGGACAUGUGGAUAUCGCUUUUGCCACAACGGGAACAAAUCUGCAACUUAUGUUCACUCCAAAUAUGCCAUCGAUGACAUCUUACCACCAACCCACUAUUGGAUAUUGUGAUUUUGAAAAAGAACAAGGAAUGGUACACAUCCUAUCGCCGUUUAUAAUGAACGGCGUUUGCGUGCAAUGGAAAGGUCGGAUCAAUUUAGAAAAAUUAGACGGCAUCGGAUGUUUGGAAUUCGACGAAGAACGAGCAAUGAUUGAACACCAAAUAUUGCAAGAACAAAUAGAAAGGUAUAACAACCGUAUAAAAGACCACCAGGAUAAAUCGCGGGUGUACAGACACCAAGAACGCGUCAACGGACCUGAGAUGGACGUCAACAAGCGAUUUAAUAACUUUUAAUCCAUUUAUUCAUUUCCGUUUUUAUUUAUUCUUUGUUAUGUAAUCUCGUUGGCAUUAGAUAAACUAAUUUACCUAUUAUUAUUCAAGAGAGUUGUGUUUACCUCUUAUAAUAUUAUUGACAGUGGAAAUGCCAAAUUAUGUAACCCACACCGCCGACGAAAUAGAUGUAAUGACACGAGGGAAUUGUUAACAGACAUUUUUUUAAAGUGCACGCGCGCGGGUUUUGAAAAUGUUUGAUUUGUAAGUGAUAAUAAUUGAUGUGUGUGAUUAAAGUGUAUAAGAAAUAACGAAACGCGUCGAUCUCACACGCGCGCGUACAAGUCACCACCGCGGCAUCUCGUACAUUAACAAUAUUUAUUAAAUUAUGCUUAUUUGUAUGUACUUUUUGUCGAUCCUGUCGAUGGAUCUAAUCAUGCGAUGAGACUUCUGAAAACUGAUUUGAACUCUUGUAUACGCCUAGUAUAGCAGUGGAGAAAGACAUAAGCACUAAAAUGAGAUAAGAAAAAAAAAAUAGUCGUAUCGUACGAAAGCGCCAAAACCCUAGGUAGCUUAGAUAGACCUACCAGACAUUAAAUUUAGAACUAAGUGUAUCGUUAAAAAGCUCCAAACGUUUAAUCUUAAUCGACAAGUUUAUUAUCUGAUUACGAUAGAUUGUCACACUGUGUAUGAGCAGACUUUUGUUAUAGUUACAACUUAUUGUUAGUACCUACCUAUUUCGUGAGCAUUCGUUUAAGCGUCAUUCGUUAAAAUGAAUUUUACGAAAACCAUUACUGAUAAAGGCGUUGCGUGCAUUUUAUUUAAAGAUUGAAAAUAUAGAUUUUUACGAGAAAUGGCCAGCGGUAAUGUGUCAUUGAGGUGUACUGAGAUAAAUAAUUGUACAAUGGAAGAAAUACCUGCAGGAUGGUGAAAUAAAUCGUAUGAAAUAUGUGAAGAAAGUUGGAUUAAAAAAUCAACCAAUUAAUUAAAAUUAUAUUUUUUUGUAUUAUUGAUAUAAUACAAAUAAUAUAAAUAAUAAUAUGAUAAUAUAAAUAUAAUUAUGUUUAUUAAUUCAGGGCUGUGAAUUUAUAGGAAAGUGCAUUUUUUUUUUGGUGAUUGUAAAACAUAGCUUUGUAAGUACAUAAUUUGAAUUGUGUAAUUACGAAUCCAUCUAUGAAA